UUGGCGCUCCAUCGCGUCUUGUCUCAGUCGACGGAAAAAAUUGAACGGAAGCGGACGUGCGUCCCCUGGUGUCUCCAUUUUCACCGCCAUAUCGCUCCGGUCGUUGGUCUGUGUGUGAGUGUCUGAUCUGACGGCAGUAUUGGUAUCAACUCUGCACGUGCUGAGUACCGCCAUUUAUGCGAGCAAUACCCGAUCACAGGCUAGAUAGUGUUUAGUGACUUAUUAAUGAUUAGGUAGUGCCAGCAAUUAGACACUUAGAUCUCAGCGAGACAUACCCACCCAUUGGAGCCACAUGAGCCAGGAUGGAUAGUAGUUCCAAGCCACAGCGGAAAAAUCCGCGACAGCGUGCAAAUAUUAUAUCACAAUUGAUAUUUGCUUGGGCGGUGCCACUACUUUAUCGCGGAUCCCGGCGAGGCCUGAACACAGAUGAUCUAACGGAGUGCCUUAAGGAGGAUCGCUCCGAGCAGCUAGGCGAUCGCCUAGAGAAGGAAUGGUUUAAUGAACUGGAACGAUCCCAUCGAAAGAAACAGAAGCCGCACCUCAGAAACGCUCUAUUCCGCUGCUUCCUAGGACCAACGAUCGUUAAUGGCCUCAUUUGUUUAAUCUACAUUGUGAUCAAAACCUUGAUUCCAGCUGUACUGGCCCAGUUGUUGAUUCAGUUCCAAAAGAACCCAGCUCCCGUCAAGUCGGCUAGUCCCACCAAUGAGCUGUCACUGGCGGACUCGCUCAAUCGAACUGCCCGCUCCGUUGGAAGGUAUCUGGUGGAUCACGCUGUUUCCGAUGCCAACGGAGCGCCAAACGAUGCUUUCUCCCCCAAUUCCCUGGACAAGGGGAAUCCCCUGAAGGAGCCAUUUCAACCCUCACCCUUGGAGGCGAAUUACAACUCUACCAUAGAGCGCGGUCUCAUUUCGCAGGCCUCUGAGUUCGUUUGGAACGAUGCCUAUAGCCUGGCCAGUGUCCUGGUUGCCUCCACUCUCUUCUGCUGCUUCCUGCUGCACCAUGUGGAUCUCCGGCAGAGACUGAUGGGCGCCAAGAUGCGAAUCGCCUGCUGCUCCCUGAUCUACCGCAAGACACUGCAGCUAUCGAUGAAAACGGCCGGACAGACGCCGGCUGGAUACUUGAUUAACUUGCUUUCAAAUGACGUGAACCGGCUGGAUUACGGCUUCAUCUUCAUGCACUGGAUCUGGAUCAUGCCGCUGCAGGCGGUGCUCACCUGUUACCUGAUUUGGCAGAACAUUGGCAUUCCGGCGGUAGUGGGAGUUGUGGGAUUGCUGCUGAAAACGGUGCCCGUGCAGACGGCAUUGAGCAAGGUGACCUCUGUCCUGAGGAUGAGGAUUGCCGAGCGCACGGACGCCCGGGUGGGCAUCAUGAACGAGCUGGUGCAGGGCAUCCAGGUGAUCAAGAUGUACGCCUGGGAGCGUCCCUUCCAGGCGGUGGUGGCUGAGGCUCGCCGGCGCGAAAUCCAGCAGAUCCGCUACGCAUCCUACCUGCGAGGCUUCUACCUCAGCACCAUGGUGUUCACGGAGCGAUCCACUCUCUACAUCACCCUAGCCGCCGCCGCUCUCAUGGGCCAGAACAUCACAGCCGACUUUGUGUUCUCCUCGGCCAGUUACUACAACAUCCUGCAACUGGUGGCCGCCAUUUGGUAUCCCUUGGCUGUCAGUUUCGGGGCAGAAGCCUUGGUCUCAUUGCGUCGCAUCCAGGACUUCCUCAUGCUCGAGGGCAGGGAAGAACGGGCUCAUGGUCUCACCCAAAAGAAGGAUCAGGAGAAUGGGGAUACUCGGGCCGUGACUAUCAAGGACAUUAAUGCCAACUGGGACAACGAGAAGCCCCAAAGGACGCUGCAAAGCAUCAACCUCCAGAUCGAAAAGGGACAACUGUGUGCGGUGAUUGGACCCGUGGGUGCUGGCAAGAGUUCGUUGCUUCAGUUGCUCCUGGGAGAGUUGCCAGUCAUCGACGGUGGCGUUGUCAUCCAGGGAGAUAUGUCGUAUGCCGCCCAGGAGCCUUGGCUUUUCACUGGCUCGGUGAGAAACAACAUACUAUUCGGCGAGGAGUAUGAGAAGAAGCGCUACCAGGAAGUGACCCGUUGCUGUGCUCUCGCUACGGACUUUCAGCAGUUGCCCAAUGGCGAUAAGACCGUUGUGGGUGAGCGAGGAGCGUCUCUGUCCGGAGGACAACGUGCCCGGAUUAGCUUGGCUCGAGCGGUGUACAAGCCGGCUACGAUCUACUUACUGGAUGAUCCGCUGAGUGCAGUGGACGCCCAUGUGGGAAGGCAUUUGUUCGAUGAGGUGAUCGGUCCCAAGGGCAGACUGGCUCAGCAGAAGGCCACUCGCAUCCUGGUGACCCAUCAGGUGCACUUCCUGUCCGAGGCCGAUCUCAUUGUGAUUGUGGAUCAGGGAAGGAUUUUGAGACAGGGAACCUACGAGGAGCUGGUCAACAGCGAUCUGGACUUUGCCAAGCUGCUGGAGCGACCCAAGGAUGAGGCGGAGAGCACAGCGGAGAACAGCCGUCUUCAAGCAUCGCCGCUGACGAUCGGGAGUCUGGAGAGUGACGAGGAGGACAUACCCUAUAUCGACGGGGAGAAGGACGGAUACCAACAGCUGAGGAAGCAGAGCACCUCCGUUCACGGCAGUAAGUCGUUGGACAGCGCCCAGUUAGAGGACGAUGUGGACGAGGAUGCUCUGGCUGAGGCCCAAGCUUCGGGAGGAGUGUCGCCGCGAGUGUGGUACGAGUACUUCCACGCCGGCAGCACCCUCGUCAGCUUCAGCUUCAUGGUGUUCGUGAUGCUAAUGUCGCAGGUGGUGUGCAGCAGCUCGGACUACUUCUCGAAUAUAUGGACGCAGCAGGAGUACCAGCGAUCGCAGGGAGGACCCACCAGCUUCACCACCUUCGAGUGCAUGUACAUCUACGGAGCACUGAUCAUCGCCGUGGUGAUCAUGACCACUUUCCGGGGCUUUCUGUUCUUCAAGAUCUGCAUGCACGCCUCGAAAGUGCUGCACGACCGGAUGUUUGCCUGCAUCCUGCAUGCCACAAUGCGGUUCUUCGACACCACUCCCUCGGGAAGGAUUCUGAAUCGUUUCUCCAAGGAUAUGGGUGCUGUUGAUGAACUACUUCCCAGAGCCAUGAUGGACUUCAUACAGAUCGCGCUCGUCAUGUUCGGUAUUCUGAUUGUGAUCAGCAUCGUGAAUCCCGUUUUGAUAGCCGCCAUGGUUGUGGUGGCUCUGGUGGAUGUGCUCAUCCUGAAGCUGUACCUGCGUCCCUCCCAGGACCUCAAGCGCCUCGAAGGCAUCUGCCGGAGUCCCGUGUUCUCGCAUCUCAGUGCCUCACUGUCCGGUUUGGCCAUCAUCCGGUCCCGCCAGCUGCAGGAUGUGGUGGCCAAGGAGUUUGACCUGCUGCAGGAUGUGCACAGCAGCGUGUGGCAGCUCACCAUGGCUGCCAAUACGGCGCUCGGUCUGUGGCUGGACUGUGUUAGUUGUGUCUUCCUCGCCGCAGUCACCUUCAGCUUCAUCAUCACCAACGAAUCCACCUACAGCGGUAAUGUGGGUCUGGCCAUCUCCCAGGCCAUGAUCCUAACCGGUAUGGUGCAGUACGGCGUGCGUCAGGUGGCCGAGUCCUUGCAACAGAUGACCAGCGUGGAACGGGUGCUGCAGUACACGGAACUGGACCAGGAGGCGGCCUUAAAGGAGAAGACCCCUCCGGCACAAUGGCCCACCAGCGGACAGGUGGAGUUCCGCAACAUGAACUGUCGCUACGAUCCGAAUGGAAGCCCAGUGCUGAAGAACCUCAACUUGACCAUCGAGGCGGGAUGGAAGGUGGGCAUUGUCGGACGCACAGGAGCUGGAAAGUCGUCUCUUAUUGGAGCACUUUUCCGUUUGGCUCACAUUGAGGGCGAAAUCCUCAUCGAUGGCAUCGAAACGGGCACCAUUUCGCUGGAGACCCUUCGCACCCGUAUUUCGAUUAUCCCGCAAGAUCCGGUUUUGUUUUCGGCCACCAUCCGCUACAAUCUGGAUCCCUUUGAGAGGUAUACAGACGCCGAGCUAUGGAGUGCUCUGGAAGACGUGGAGCUCCGAGGUGCCAUUCCCGGUCUGGACUAUAUGGUCACGGAACGUGGCAGUAACUUCAGCGUCGGCCAAAGGCAGUUACUGUGCCUGGCCAGAGCUAUUCUCCGGAACAACAAGGUCCUGGUGCUGGACGAAGCCACUGCCAAUGUGGAUCCACAAACGGAUGCCCUGAUCCAGCGCACCAUCCGCGUCAAGUUCCAGCAGUGCACAGUCCUCACAGUUGCCCACCGACUGCACACUGUCAUGGAUUCGGACCGCAUCAUUGUGAUGGACGCCGGAGUGGCCGUGGAGUUCGAUGUACCGCACUUGCUGCUCAAAAAGUCGCGGGGUCACCUCCGUCAGAUGGUCAAGGCGACGGGUGGCGAGGCUGAUGCCCUCAAGAAGGUGGCCAGUGAUAGUCACAAGCGGAUGCAACGGCAGCGGGACGAGCGGGAUAGCGGGAAUAACGAGGAAAGCGAGGAAUAGGCCCUUGAGUCCUAACCGAAGGAAAGGCAUUUACCCAAAACGCUGGUGCUCGCAUGGCUCAAAAGUGACAAUGCGUCAGAAAGCCGUACCAACUACUCCCACACCCAUCAUCACAUGUUAUUCAUGUUUCAUAUAGUUAGCCUUUAUGUUAAUUUUGUAAACGAAACGUCUAGAUAUGCUGCCUUAUACGUAUUGUACUUAGACCUAAUCUCCAACAGGGACUGCAUCAAGCCACAUGUAUACAAAUCUUAAUUGUAGAAUGCCGGUGAAAAGUUAGCCAACUUUCAACAUGACAACCGAACCGACUUAAGUUCCGAUUUAUGGAUCAAAACCGCAGAAAACAGGAGAAUACUCCACUGCCCUCUCCACUCGUUAGUUAGUCCUUACCAUGUAUAGUAAUAUAUACUAUAUGCGGAUAUAUAUUUUGUACUUCUUUGGAAUCGUGCAACACCAAAGCACACUCUGUGAACCAUUGUACUUGAAACUUAGCUAAGAGUUAAAAUAAAUAAAGACAGGGUUUAUUAAUAUUAAAAAUAAAUGUCACACACGUAAAUAAAAUAUACAAUUUAAACUUUAAA